AUGCCUGGAUCAAGCACGGCGUCGUCCAGCCCGAUCCAGUCCAGCCCCCAGCCGAGGGCGCGGGCAGGCACGAGACCGGGCGAAAGACCAGAGGUACAUGGUACAAUCCAAUCUGGAAGCUACAGCAGCUAUGAAGGAGUUAGCUCCAGGGCGAGAGCCUUUCCCAUUCGUGCCGGGUCAGAACGUAAGAGACGACUGACCAGUACCGGCGAAGAUGCGAGGUUACAAUGGGAACGAUCUGGGGGCACGGCUGGACCGGCCCGAAACAAUGGGGGAUCAUCUAGAAGCAUAUUGCCGCAUAGAUCUGUUUCUAUGGUACUGCCCUCGUCCCGCACCAGAAGUUCUAUUUCUGCAGCACCUGGCUCCUCAAUCGCAACAGCAAUUGAUAUCUCUUCCUCUCCUCCAGGAACGCCUCGUUCUUCUACUUCUGGCGGGCAACUGCCGGGUCUUCCUCGACAGGAAGAUCCAACACCAUGGAUUAAUCAGCCCCGCUCGGCCACAUCUCUUGACAAUAACCCACCCCCACCAUUUAUGGAUAUUGCUCUCCCCAAGUGGCAGGCAGAUUCGGAAGUAUCAGAAUGUCCGAUCUGUGGCAUAGUCUUCAACUUCUGGCACAGAAAGCAUCAUUGUCGAAAGUGUGGGAGAGUGGUAUGUGCAUCAUGUUCCCCACAUCGGAUCACAAUUCCCAGACAGUAUAUUGUCCGCCCUCCUGAUUUUGUCGACCUCCUCCCUGAUUCACCGCCAAUGCCUUCCCAUCCUCCACCGGUCGUUGAUCUCACAAGCGAAGACCAUGCCUCAUCAUCAACAUCAACGACACUGAAUCCUUAUCUUGGUGGGGGCGAAGAAGUACGACUUUGCAAUCCAUGUGUGCCAGAUCCAAACCCGAAUCCCCCUGGCUACAAUACCAUGCGAGCACACGGCCACCGGCCCACCCAUUCUCUUUCAUCAAAUAUGGCUCACGCAUAUCAUGCCUCAUCAGGUCCGAGUCAGAACCCCGAAGCUCGCCAGGAGCGACGAACCAUGGGUGCCAAUGACCGACCACAGUACCUGAACGAACUGCACUCCCAACCCCGUCAAGUCCCGGUCACCAGCGUAGCCCGACCACGGCGUUCAUUUUCUAGCCGUGACGGUAUCUUGCCCCGUGGACCUGUGCUGGACGAGGGUGAUUUUUGCCCCGUAUGCCGACGCCAAUUUCCUCCACUGGGCCCCGAGCAGCCUGUUGAGGCGCGCCAGGCGCACACCCGGGCGUGUAUUGAAGGUUAUUUGAGCCCGGCUGCCCUGCACCGGACAUCAUCCGCGCAACAGGGUCCUCCGCUGCCCCAUCCUCCACCGGAAGCCCGCAUGCUUCCAUUUGUGGCCACGGAGAAGGACUGCAUCGGUGAAGAUGGCCAGGCAGCUGAGUGCACGAUCUGUAUGGAGGACUACGAGGUUGGGCAGGCCCUAGCCCGCCUUGAGUGUCUGUGCAAGUUUCACAAGCACUGUAUUGUUGACUGGUUUGAGAGGAAAAUGGAGUGCCCUGUCCACAAACUCUCCUAA